GCGGCCGGUACGACCCGUCUCUGACCUUCUCUGAGAACGUGGACCUGACGGAGCCCAUCGUGUCACGUUUUGACAUUUUGUGUGUCGUCCGAGACACCGUCGACCCCGUGCAGGAUGAGAUGUUGGCGCGCUUCGUGGUCGGCUCCCACAUCAAACAUCACCCUAGCAGCAAAGAAGGGGGCGUGGCCUUGGAGGAAAUGGUUCUGCCCAACUCGUCCGACGUGCCGCCGAUUCCCCAGGAGCUCCUGAGGAAGUACAUCAUCUACGCCAAGGAGCGGGUUCAUCCCAAACUGAACCAGAUGGAUCAGGACAAAGUGGCUCGCAUCUACAGCGACCUCCGAAAAGAGUCGAUG